AUGCAGGCCGUAAUUUUAGCACACCAAGACUCAGUGCAUCUACGACAGCUACUUGCAAGCGGCCUAUCCAGCCACUUACCGCUGUCGAAACGCACUGUUCUCUCGAACCUGCUUAACGUGUUCCGUUCAGCGGGAAUCCUCGACGUCAUUAUCCUCUGCCGACCGAAUCAAGCGGCCCAACUUGAGAAAGGUCUCAAAGACUCAUCGACUGACGCCUCGUCGCGCUUGGCUUUCGUUGAGGUUCCUGCAACUUUGAGCCUUCCGGAAUGCAUCUAUCGUAUUCGCGACCGCAUAACGUCACAGUACCUCUUUGUCACGUAUGGCGAUCUGGCCGUCACCGAUCUGAACGUGCGUCGACUUUUUCUCGCAAUGGUGCGCACGCGGGCCUCUGUCAUAUCUGUCGUCUCACCCUACACCAAAGACCCCAAACUCCUCAAGUCCACCCCUCACGAUUUACUUGUGGUGGACCAAGUGUCAGAACAGCUUGUUAUGUAUGUUCCCGACGCGGAUAUGAAGAAACAGGUUCGGUUUCCAAAGCAGGUGUUAGCCUCACACAAUCACCUAGUCACUUGUUCGGACUACCAUGACGUGGGGUUCUACCUCUUCUCCAACUUCGCGCUGAAGUUGCUUGAAUGGAUCAGGUUCGUCUCUCCGUACCGCUUUCUUAUUCUUCUUUUGUGAAGGGAUGACAGUGGAGCAAAGAAGAACUUUCUGAAGCAUCUGGUCAACGUUGAACAGUAUCGACCAUGUCCUUUUGACACAAACCAGCGUAAUCUGUUUACGUCGCUGCUGACUUAAAAUAUCCUUAUUUAGUCUGUGGAGAUUUUCCGCCCGAGCUGAAACUAGACGAAUCCGAAAUUCCAAAGUCCCUGAAGGUGUGCACGAUUGUACACCAGGACAAAGCUGUUUGUCGGAGGUUAGAUUCACCCGCCAGCUACUUGGAGGCUUUAAAGUUGGUAGGCAUAUGUUUAUUGUAUGCAACCUAUUUUUUUCUCAAAAAAACUAAAUUGUUUUCUCCUAUCAAAAAUAACCACAAGUAAUGUGCUGUCAGGCUGCCCUUGCCAUUCAUUUUUACUUCAUUCGGGCUCGUCCCCUGCUGACAUAACUGCUUUCUUCAUCACUCAGUCUUACUGUUGGCUGAGCUGCGAAUAAGCCCUUACGUAGAAGUUGUCACUCACACUUGCCUGAAUUUGUAAAAUCGGCUUUGGUCGUCGAAUCACAAAGGGCCGACAUUUCUCAUUUGACCUCGAGUCCAGAUAUACGCGCUAUAUAAAAGUGAUCCCCAGGUCCGAAAUAUUCUGUCCCAAUGUUUCACGCACCUGCUUAAUACCUACGAUUUUUGUGCUUUAUUGGGUAUAUUCGAUAAAAAUCAAGGCCAAAGAAAUGUCAACCGAGAUCCCGAAACGGGCUUUAAAGCAGAAGAAGUCUUUCAAUGCAAAAAUUUGCGGGACGUAGGUUGCCUUAGUCCGUACGGCGUGGCACACUAAGCUUCUCUUACAACUUUGCGAUCUUUGUCUGGAAGGAACAAUUUCAUAUGCAUUCAUUUCUUCGAUGGCUUUUGAGAUUUUUGUGUGAUGGCUUUUUGUCUUAGGGGGAGUUAAUGUAAUCUUGCUGUGUUCAGCCACUUUUUCCAUAAUAUUUCAUCCAAAAUCGAUGUUAAAACUGUUUAAGAAAGCAUGCGCUUCAAAUACUUUUCAAAAUGGACAAGUUUUUUCUUCUUAUUGAUUUUCCUUAUUUUUUGGGCUACAUGUUCGUUCCAAACUCUAUCCAUAAACCUUCUAACAUUGUCCUACAGGAGCAUUCAGUCCACAAAGUACCGUAGUAGGUGUGGAAUGUGCGUCACAUUCUAUUCCUGCUAACUUCGUAGAUUGGUCCUAAGCCGCCAAGAUGGGACCGUUUCUAGGGGAAACUUUUCAUUCUCUAUGUCCUCUUCGUCGAUAGCUUCUGCCUUACAUAAACUCCGUGUUAGGCCAAUAAUUAUUCCAUCCUCCACCCGACCUGUUUUUGUUCUUCCCAGGUCCGCGAGAAAUACCCCUCGCCAGACCAAUCUUCGGACGCGGCUCCCAAAGAUGCGCCUGGACGUGCUCCCGUCGCUGAUUGUUCGGUUGGUGCUGACUGUGUCUUUGGAAAGGGGAUCUUGGUCCGCUCUUGCAUCCUUAGUGCUCGAUGCAAAAUUGCGGACGAUUCGCGGGUUCUCAGCUCCGUUCUUCUGCCUGAUGUAACAGUCAAGGAGGGGUAAGCUUAUCUUUUGCAGUUGUCCAAGCGCUAGGGCUAUUCUCCGACUUCUGCCCAAUGAGACCUUUUGUUUGCACUCUAGAUGCAAAAUUACUAACUGUCUCAUCGGAGAGGGCGCCGUGAUUGAAGAACAUUGCGUCCUCAAGGAUUGCACUGUCGCAGCCCGUCAACAGGUGCCGGCCCGUGUGCAGAUGCAGGCUGAGAAUUUGGGUUUCUCCGAGAUUGAUGUAGACCUCGUCUAG